AUGAUAUCGCAGUACAACGAGGGUGGGAACAGAGCGUGGAUGGAAUGGAAACAGUUCAUUUUCCAGCCAGGACUAAAAAUGGAGAGGCCGGGUCUGAAAGAACCCAAUGCUGGGGAAGGAAAAGACUCUCUGGUCCUCCAAACUGGGGCCAUUAAGGCAUUUGCUCCUCCCAAAAUUAAGCAAGAGCCAAACGAGGGGCCAGCCCAGCACUGGGAAACUCAGUGGCAGGAGUUUCUGACCACAGUGGAGUCCCCACGGAGACGAGCGGAACACUUCAAACUUCCUCAGGCCCAGUCAGUGGAGGACCUAAAGGGGCUUCCGGCCUCCUUCAAGGGAGUAACGACUGAUGUCAGCCAGGGGCCUGGAGAAGUGUGUGUGGCUCUGAACCUGACCGAUUUUAGUGGAGAAACUCCAGAGUCCUACGAAAGGCCAGUUCUUUCUGUGAAAGUGAAGGAAGAGAUCGAGGAUGAGGGGGAUGCUGCCAGCCCAGAAAUGUGGCGUCGGCGAUUCAGGCAGUUCAACUACUGGGAAGCUGAAGGUCCCCAGGAAGUCUUCGGUCAACUCUGGGAACUUGGCCAUCAGUGGCUGAAGCCUGAGAGGUACACCAAAGAGCAGAUUGUGGAGAUGGUGAUCCUGGAGCAGUUCUUGGCCAUCCUGCCUCAGGAAAUGCAAAGCUGGGUGAGGGAACGCGGCCCUGAGACUGGCACCCAGGCGGUGGCUCUGGCAGAGGACAUCUUGAAAAGGCCACAAGAGACCAAAAGGCUGGAACAAAAGAUCCUGGGGACUUUCAAAAACAUGGCUGCAAACUCCCCCAAAUCUGAGCAGGAUGACUCAGACAUUGUGCAGGUGCACAUUUCCAUCGAAGAUCAGCAGGAGGAGGAGGAGGAGGAAGCCAACUUUCUCGUGAGCGAUGGGCAGGAGUGGGAGGAUACUGUGGAGAGCCUGCCCUUGGAAACAUCUAAACCUGGGAACGUCAGUGAAGGAUGCUUGGAACAAGCUGAUGUGAAUGGCCUUCUGGAUCCUGAACGGGUCAAGGUGGCUGGAAGUCCAGAAGGACUAGAAUGCCAAUGGCCCCACCAACCAGAGAAGAAAGGAAAAGCAAGUUUCCUAUGCGAGGAAGGCCGCAGAGAUUUGAACGAAAGCACCUUCCAGCACGGCAUCCAUCAGAUCUUUGACCUUCUUGAAAAUCAGAGACAGCAAAUAAAGGAGAAGCCUUAUAAAUGUCCUUAUUGCAGGGAAGGCUUCCAGGACCGGUCUCACUUGGCUAUCCAUGAGAGAACCCACACAGGAGAGAAACCCUUCAGGUGCUCAAACUGCGAUAAAUCCUUUUCCCAGCACUCUAACCUUCUGAGACACGAGAGGACCCACACGGGAGAGAAGCCCUACAAGUGCAUAGAUUGUGAGAAGAGCUUCAACCAGAAGGCCUCUCUUGUCAUCCACAAGAGGACCCAUACGGGAGAGAAGCCAUACAGAUGCUUGGAAUGUGGGAAGAACUUCAGUACCAGCUCUCAGCUUAUAACGCACAAGAGGAUACAUUCGGGUGAGAAGCCCUAUCAGUGCUCAGACUGUGGACAGAGCUUCAGCCGGAGACCACACCUUGUUGUACAUGAGAGGCUGCACACGGGAGAGAAACCAUAUAGCUGUUCAGACUGUGGACAGAGCUUCCGGAACAGCUCAGUUUUUACAGUUCACAAGAGGACACAUACGGGAGAGAAGCCGUAUAAAUGCUCGUACUGUGGGCAGAGCUUCAGUCGAAAGACCAAUGUAAUUAAACAUGAGAGGAUUCAUACAGGGGAAAAACCUUUUAAGUGCCCCGAGUGUGAACAGUGCUUCAGGUCGACCACAUUGCUCAAAGCUCAUAAAAGGACCCACACAGGGGAAAAGCCAUAUAAAUGUGUAGACUGUGAGAAAAGAUUCUGCGGUCUCACAGGGCUUCGCAAACAUAAGAAGACCCAUGUAGGAAUAAAGCCGUAAUGACCCUCAGAGGACAGGAAGGGUUGUGGCACAAAGAUCU